UCUCAUUCAGUGGAGAGGAGCUGAUAGCUGCACAGGGAGAUAACAGGACCUGACUGCUCACUACACCAGGUGUCCACGUUGCUCUGGUAAACCCCGGGGAAGAUGUCUCAUCGGAGUGGACAGGAGGACCCGGAGCGGUACCUGUUUGUGGACCGGGCCGUGGUCUACAACCCGGCCACGCAGGCCGACUGGACGGCCAAGAAGCUGGUGUGGGUUCCCUCGGAGCGCCAUGGCUUCGAGGCCGCCGGCAUCCGGGAGGAGCGCGGUGAGGAGGUGCUGGUGGAGCUGGCGGAGAACGGGAAGAAGGUCGCGAUCAACAAGGACGACAUCCAGAAGAUGAACCCGCCGAAAUUCAGCAAGGUGGAGGACAUGGCCGAGCUCACCUGCCUGAACGAGGCGUCGGUGCUGCACAACCUGAAGGACCGCUACUACUCGGGACUCAUUUACACUUACUCUGGCCUAUUCUGUGUGGUCAUCAACCCCUACAAGAACCUGCCCAUCUACUCAGAGAACAUCAUCGAGAUGUACCGGGGGAAGAAGAGGCACGAGAUGCCGCCACACAUCUACGCCAUCUCUGAGUCGGCGUACCGCUGCAUGCUUCAAGAUCGUGAGGACCAAUCCAUCCUUUGCACAGGAGAGUCAGGAGCCGGAAAGACGGAGAACACUAAGAAGGUGAUCCAGUAUCUGGCCCACGUCGCCUCCUCACACAAAGGACGCAAAGACCACAACAUUCCUCCCGAAUCUCCCAAAGCAUUCAAGCUCCAGGGCGAGCUGGAACGACAGCUGCUGCAAGCGAACCCCAUUCUCGAAUCUUUUGGAAACGCCAAGACAGUGAAAAAUGACAACUCGUCUCGCUUUGGGAAGUUCAUCAGAGUCAACUUUGACGUCACGGGCUACAUCGUGGGGGCCAAUAUUGAAACUUAUCUUCUUGAGAAAUCGAGAGCCAUAAGGCAGGCGAAGGAUGAGAGGACCUUCCACAUUUUCUACUACCUGCUGGCAGGAGCUGGAGAGCAUCUCCGAACGGACCUGCUCCUAGAAAACUUCAGCAACUACCGCUUCCUGUCCAACGGAAACAUCACCAUCCCCGGGCAGCAGGACAAGGAUAACUUCCAGGAGACUCUGGACGCCAUGCACAUCAUGAGCUUCUCCCACGAAGAGAUCGUCUCUCUGUUGAAGGUGGUCUCUGCCGUGAUGCAGUUUGGAAACAUCAUCUUCAAGAAGGAGAGGAACACGGAUCAGGCCUCCAUGCCCGAAAACACAGUGGCGCAGAAGCUCUGCCACCUACUGGGGAUGAACGUGAUGGAGUUCACCAGAGCCAUCCUCACCCCGCGGAUCAAAGUGGGACGGGACUACGUUCAGAAAGCACAGACCAAAGAGCAGGCUGACUUCGCAGUUGAAGCUCUGGCGAAGGCGACGUACGAGCGUCUGUUCCGCUGGCUGGUUUACCGCAUCAACAAAGCUCUGGACCGGACCAAGCGGCAGGGCGCCUCCUUCAUCGGCAUCCUGGACAUCGCCGGCUUUGAGAUCUUUGAGCUGAACUCCUUCGAGCAGCUGUGCAUCAACUACACCAACGAGAAGCUGCAGCAGCUCUUCAACCACACCAUGUUCGUCCUGGAGCAGGAGGAGUACCAGAGGGAGGGCAUCGAGUGGAGCUUCAUCGACUUCGGCCUCGACCUGCAGCCCUGCAUCGACCUCAUCGAGAGGCCGACGAACCCGCCCGGUAUCCUCGCUCUGCUGGACGAGGAGUGCUGGUUCCCCAAAGCCACGGACAAAACCUUCAUCGACAAAGUGCUGCAGGAGCAGGGCACGCACACCAAGUUCCAGAAACCUCGUCAGCUCAAGGACAAAGCCGACUUCUGCAUCCUUCACUACGCAGGGAAGGUGGAUUAUAAAGCGGAUGAGUGGCUGAUGAAGAACAUGGAUCCUCUGAACGACAACGUGGCCACGCUGCUGCACCAGUCAACGGACAAGUUUGUGGCAGAGCUCUGGAAAGACGACAUUCAGACGUUUCAGAGAGCCUCUUUCUAUGACAAUGUGUCGGGGCUCCAGGAAGCUCCAGUGGACCGGAUCGUGGGUCUGGACCAGGUGGCGGGAAUGAACGAGACGGCGUUCGGUGCCGCCUACAAGACCAAGAAGGGGAUGUUCAGGACCGUGGGUCAGCUGUACAAGGAGCAGCUGUCCAAGCUGAUGGCCACACUGAGGAACACCAACCCCAACUUCGUCCGCUGCAUCAUCCCCAACCACGAGAAGAGGGCUGGCAAACUGGACCCCCAUCUGGUUCUGGACCAGUUGAGGUGUAAUGGUGUGCUUGAGGGGAUCCGGAUCUGCAGACAGGGCUUCCCCAAUCGCAUCGUCUUCCAGGAGUUCAGACAGAGGUAUGAGAUCCUCACUCCCAACGCCAUUCCCAAAGGCUUCAUGGACGGAAAGCAGGCCUGUGAGAGGAUGAUCAAAGCCCUGGAGCUGGACGGGAACCUGUUCCGGAUCGGUCAGAGUAAAAUCUUCUUCCGGGCCGGAGUCCUGGCGCACCUGGAGGAGGAGCGGGACCUGAAGAUCACCGACAUCAUCAUCUACUUCCAGGCCGUCUGCCGCGGAUACCUGGCACGCAAGUCCUUUGCGAAGAAGCAGCAGCAGCUUAGUGCUCUGAAGGUUCUGCAGAGGAACUGCGCCGCCUACCUGAAGCUGAGACACUGGCAGUGGUGGAGGCUCUUCACCAAGGUGAAGCCUCUGCUGCAGGUCACCCGGCAGGAGGAGGAGAUGCAGGCGAAAGACGAAGAGCUGGUGAAGGUGAAGGAGAAGCAGAGCAAGGUGGAGGGAGAGCUGGUGGAGAUGGAGAGGAAACACCAGCAGUUGGUGGAGGAGAAGAACAUCCUGGCGGAGCAGCUGCAGGCGGAGACGGAGCUGUUCGCCGAGGCCGAGGAGAUGAGAGCUCGCCUGGCCUCCAAGAAGCAGGAGCUGGAGGAGAUCCUCCACGACCUGGAGUCCCGCCUGGAGGAGGAGGAGGAGAGGAACCAGAGCACCCAGAACGAGAAGAAGAAGAUGCAGUCUCACAUCCAGGACCUGGAGGAACAGCUGGAUGAGGAGGAGGCCGCCCGGCAAAAGCUGCAGCUGGAGAAAGUGACGACCGAGUCCAAGAUGAAGAAAUAUGAGGAGGACAUUCUGCUGCUGGAGGACCAUACCUCCAAGUUCACAAAGGAAAAGAAGCUGUUGGACGACCGGAUCAAUGAGAUGACCUCGAAGCUCGCUGAAGAGGAAGAGAAGGCCAAGAACCUGAGCAAGAUCAAGAACAAGCAGGAGAUCAUGAUGGUCGACCUGGAGGAGCGACUGAAGAAGGAGGAGAAGACCCGUCAGGAGCUGGAGAAGGCAAAGAGGAAGCUGGACGGGGAGACGACUGACUUCCAGGACCAGAUCUCCGAGCUCCAGACUCAACUAGAAGAGCAGAAAGGUCAGCUGGUGAAGAAGGAGGACGAGCAGCAGGUGAUGCAGGCGAGAGGCGAGGACGAGGUGAGCCAGAAGAACAACGCUCUGAAGAACGUGCGGGAGCUGCAGGCCCAGCUGAGCGAGCUGCAGGAGGACCUGGAGUCGGAGAAGGUCGCCCGAAACAAGGCGGAGAAACUGAAGCGGGACCUGAGCGAGGAGCUGGAGGCGCUGAAGACGGAGCUGGAGGACACGCUGGACACCACCGCUGCCCAGCAGGAGCUCAGGACGAAGCGUGAGCAGGAAGUGACGGAGCUGAAGAAAACCAUAGAGGAGGAGACGAAGAACCAUGAGGCUCAGAUCCAGGAGAUGAGGCAGAGACACGGCACCAUCCUGGAGGAGCUGUCCGAACAGCUGGAGCAGGCGAAGAGGUUCAAGGCCAACCUGGAGAAGACCAAGCAGAGCCAGGAGACGGCCAACAAGGAGCUGGUGGGGGAGGUGAAGGGUCUGCAGCAGGCCAAGGCCGAGUCGGAGCACAAGAGGAAGAAGCUGGAGGCGCAGCUGCAGGAGUUCAUGGCCCGGGUCACCGAGGGGGAGAAAGCUAAGGGGGAACUGGCCGAGAGAACUCACAAACUGCAGACGGAGCUGGACAACGUGUCCGCUGUUCUGGAGGACUCAGAGAGAAAGGGGAUCAAGAUGGCCAAAGACGUAGCCGGACUGGAGAGUCAGCUGCAGGACACUCAGGAGCUGCUGCAGGAGGAGACGCGUCAGAAGCUGAACCUCAGCGGCCGUAUCCGGCAGCUGGAGGAGGAGAAGAGCGCUCUGCAGGAGCAGCAGGAGGAGGACGAGGAGGCGCGCAAGAACCUGGAGAAACAGAUGCUCAGCGUGCAGGCUCAGCUGUCAGAGAGCAAGAAGAAGCUGGAGGACGACGUGGGGACCAUCGAGGGUCUGGAGGAGACGAAGAAGAGGCUGCAGAAAGACCUGGAGCUGGCCGGCCAGCGUCUGGAGGAGAAGACCAUCGGCUUCGAGAAGAUGGAGAAGACAAAGACCCGUCUGCAGCAGGAGCUAGAUGAUCUGACCGUGGACCUGGACCACCAGAGGCAGAUCGUGUCCAGCCUGGAGAAGAAGCAGAAGAAGUUUGACCAGCUGCUGGCCGAGGAGAAGAGCAUCUCUUGUCGUUACGCUGAGGAGCGAGACCGGGCGGAGGCCGAGGCCCGUGAGAAGGAGACCAAAGCUCUGUCCAUGACGCGGGCUCUGGACGAGGCGCUGGAGGCCAAGGAGGAGCUGGAGAGAGUCAACAAGCAGCUCCGCGCAGAAAUGGAGGAUCUGAUGAGCUCCAAGGACGACGUGGGCAAGAACGUGCACGAGCUGGAGAAGUCGAAGCGGACUCUGGAGCAGCAGCUGGAGGAGAUGAAGACACAGCUGGAGGAGCUGGAGGACGAGCUGCAGGGCACCGAGGACGCCAAGCUGCGUCUGGAGGUCAACAUGCAGGCCAUGAAGGCUCAGUACGAGAGGGACCUGCAGGGCCGCGACGACCAGAACGACGAGAAGAAGAGGGCGCUCGUCAAACAGGUGCGGGAGAUGGAGACGGAGUUGGAGGACGAGAGGAAGCAGAGAGCUCUGGCUGUGGCGGCUAAGAAGAAGCUGGAGAUGGAUCUGAAGGACAUCGAGGGUCACAUCGAGGGAGCCAACAAGGGCCGAGACGAAGCCAUCAAGCAGCUGCGCAAGUUACAGGCCCAGAUGAAGGACUACCAGAGAGAGCUGGAAGACGCCCGAGCUUCCAGAGAUGAUAUCUUCGCCUUAUCCAAGGAAAACGAGAAGAAGCUCAAGAGUCUGGAGGCUGAGAUCGUUCAGCUCCAUGAGGACCUGGCAGCGUCAGAGAGAGGUCGACGUCACGCAGAGCAGGAACGAGAUGAGCUGCAGGAUGAGAUCUCAAACAGCACCUCUGGAAAGUCUGCUCUGAUGGAUGAGAAGAGGAGGCUGGAUGCUCGCAUCGCUCAGCUGGAGGAGGAGCUGGAGGAGGAGCAGGGCAACAUGGAGCUGCUCAAUGACCGCUUCAGGAAGACCAACAUGCAGGUGGACACCCUGACCACGGAGCUGAGUGCGGAGCGCAGCGCGGCGCAGAAGAGCGAGAACGCCCGGCAGCAGCUGGAGCGCCAGAACAAAGAACUGAGGGCCAAACUGGGCGAGCUGGAGGGCGCCGUGAAGAACCGCUUCAAGGCCUCCAUCACCGCGCUGGAGGCCAAGAUCGCACAGCUGGAGGAGCAGCUGGAGCAGGAGGCCAAGGAGCGAGCAGCAGCCAAUAAGACGGUGAGGCGGACGGAGAAGAAGCUGAAGGAGAUCUGCAUGCAGGUGGAGGACGAGCGUCGCCACGCUGACCAGUUCAAAGAACAAGUGGAGAAGGCGGGCUCUCGGAUGAAGCAGCUGAAGAGGCAGCUGGAGGAGGCAGAGGAGGAGGCCACGAGGGCCAACGCCUCCCGCAGGAAGCUGCAGAGAGAGCUGGACGACGCCACGGAGGCCAGCGAGGGGCUGAGCCGCGAGGUGCACACUCUGAAGAACCGCCUCAGGCGUGGCGGCCCCAUCAGCUUCUCCUCCAGCCGCCCCGGCAGACGCCCCCUUCAGGUGGAGGGAACGUCCUUGGACCUGCUGUCCGACGACGAGCUGGAAAACAAAAUCACCGACAGCAACGCCAACGAGACGCCAGCGCCGCAGCCCGAGUAGACGCCUCGACCGUCUCCAGAAACACUCCCAGCUUCAGGUCUGCUGGCUCCCAUCAUGCCAGGAGACACACCAGCAGUGGGACCCCUCGACGCUCUCUGAACCCACCCCACAUUAAGAAGCACGACUCUGCCUAACCCACCCCCCCCCCUCCCCCCACGCUGCAGGGCUGUAAUAUAUGACAUGAUGAUAUUUAGCUGCUCAUCCAAAGUGACUUACAUACACUUACUGCAGACCUAUGUAGGCAGUUUGGGGUCCAACCGCUGACCCUCUGAUUGGUAGACCACCUUUCUGACGCACAUUAAAAUACUAUGAUUUCUUUCUUUUCUACAAUUUCUUUCAUAUUUAUUCGUUCAACGUACUCAUCUUUCUUUGGUUUUACUCACUAUAUUAUGACUUAUUCAAAUGUUUUCCACAUAGUGGCGGCGACAAACAAAACUAUGAUUUUUUUAAAGAAUUCCGACAAACUAAACUAUACAUUUAAAAAAUGAAAUAGAAAUUUAACAAUUUACAAUAUUAUUUUUUACGUUCAAUACUCUCAAUUAAUACAUUUUGCUAAUUUAUUUUUAAACUUUUUUUCCACAUACUAAACUGCAAAGUUGUUUAAAAUAAUUGGACGUAUUAAACCAUUUUUUAAACAUUUUUAAUCUAAAUUAACUUUGGCUUUUUCCAAAUGUUUGACGUACUGUACCAUCAUAUUUUUAUUGUUUUUGUCAUAUUUUUUUUAUCCUUUUCUACAAUUUUUUUUCCAUAUUUAUUCGUUUAAUGUACUGAUCUAUGACUUUAAUUUUUUACUUACGACUUAUUCCAUUUUUUUCCACAAACUGUUCUAUAGUUUUUUUCCAUUUCUCGGCGACAAACAAAACUAUGAUUUUUUUUGAGAAUUCGGACAAACUAUUAAAAAAUGAAAUCCUUUUUUAUACAGUUUUUCAUAUUUUCAAUUUACAAUAUUAUUUUUAUUUUUUACAUUCAAUACUUAAUACCCUUUUUCCACAAACUUAACUGCAUAAUGUAAAACAAAUUUAAAUAAUUCGACCAUUUUUUAAAUAUUAAAUCCUUUAAAAAACAAAAAAACAUUUACAUUUUUUUUCAUUUUAAAUCAUUUUUAAAUUUAAAUCGACAUAAACUGACUUUUUUUUGUAUUUUUCCACAUCCUAUACUAAGAAUUGUUUUCCAAUUUUCUCCACAUACCAAACAGUGACUUUUUGGGACCUCACAGCAUAGAUCAAUUGAAGUGUACGUAAAUUGCUUUGGAUAAAGGCAUCAGCUCAAUAACAUGUAUCUGCCCAAGAAUAAAUACAUCAUGCCUGAGGACACUUUGACAUGAUGUCUGCAGGGGGUGGGAUUGAACCACUUGCAAAUCAGCGUAUUACCCCCUUGAGCCAUAGCACAGAAUCUCCCAUAAUGCAUUGAACUAUUCCCGACCCUUGGUGCGGAGAGGAGAAGCUGAGUGUGGAGGAGGAUCCUGCGUUGGACCAGUGUUAGCUGUACGCUUCUCAAUGCUAAGAUAGUAGCAUGGCAUUAAUGAAAGUGAUGAAAGCGAACGACUUUCUGACUAUUUUUGCAUCAAUUUACAAUACAUACACACAGUCUGUCCGUCUAACAGCGUAGUUUCAGUAACUGAACAGUAUUUUUCCAGUCCUACGGUAGUGUCUGCUUGCAUUCUGAAUAUGAAAUGUGACCGUGAGCUUCUUCUGUCCUGACAGUAGGUCCGCGUUGACUUGUAAUUAUUAGGAGUGCUGAAAGCCUUUCUUCUUCUUCUGCUUCUUCUGUGCCUUUCCCCCUCCCUUUGAACCAUGCCUGAGGUGUUUUCAUACGUGUGCUACCCGCUGAAGCGCUCACACCAUGACUCUUUAGACGGGUGCUAGACUUUUCUUAUGGAUAACUUUUAUACUUUUUGAGUUAUUAAGAUAACAAUAAACAGUCCAAUAGACAUGAAGUGUAUUUAUAUCUGCGAUUGUAUCCAGGACUCCCUUCGUAUUGCACAGUGAUCGACUGUCUGCUCGUCAUCAGGACAUGUACAGUGAGAGAGUUAUAGGAACUAUAUGAUGCAUUAAAGUCUGUGGAGCCCCUUCA